AUGUGUAACAUCAAAAAGAAUAGUGGAAUAGCUGCAGUGUUGCGGAAGAGUUCUAUAAUAAUUUGGGAUGAGUGCACAAUGGCACACAAAUAUUCACUUGAAGCAUUAAACAGAACUAUGCAAGAUUUAAACAGCAAUAAUAAACUUUUAGGUGGUGCUAUCUUACUUUUGUCUGGUGACUUCCGGCAGACCUUAUCGGUUAUACAUCGCUCUACUUUCGCGGAUGAGAUUAAUGCAUGUUUGAAACAAUCAUUCUUAUGGCGAAGUGUUGAAACACUUCGAUUGACCAUAAAUAUGCGAGUACAAUUGCAAAAUCCAUCAGCACAAAUAUUUUCCGAACAACUAUUGGAUAUUGGGAACGGUAAAAUAGAACUGCAACCAAAUACGCAAUGCAUUAAACUACCAGACAAUUUUUGCACUGUUGUUCAGUAUAAAAAUGAAUUGAUUCAGAGUAUUUUCCCGGAUAUACAGAAUAAUUAUUUGAAUCAUGAAUGGCUUAGUCAACAGGCGAUUUUGGCAGCCAAAAACGUUGAUGUUGGCGAAAUUAACUUCCAGGUACAACAGUUGUUACCAGGCGAUCUGGUGUCUUUUAAAUCAAUCGAUACUGUUGUUGAUGAAAAUGAAAGUGUAAAUUUUCUGAUUGAAUUUUUAAAUUCAUUAGAUAUCCCUGGAAUGCCACCACAUAAUCUUCGAUUAAAGAUUGGUUCCCCUAUUAUUCUCCUCCGUAACUUGAAUCCACCUCAAUUAUGUAACGGUACGCGUUUGGUCAUCAAAAAGAUCACCGGAAACAUUCUUGAAGCAACCAUUUUGUCUGGGAAGUUUAAAGGAAAAGUGGUCCUGCUGCCACGUAUUCCGAUGAUACCAUCAGAUUCUACCAUACCCUUCAAAAGGCUACAGUUUCCAAUUCGUUUAGCUUUCGCCAUGUCUAUAAAUAAAUCUCAAGGUCAAACAAUGUCCAUUUGUGGUUUAGAUUUGGAAAAUCCAUGUUUUUCUCAUGGGCAACUAUAUGUUGCGUGUUCACGUGUUGGGAAACCGUCGAAUCUAUUUGUGUUAGCUAAAGACAGGUUAACCAAAAACAUUGUGCACCGAUUGGUGUUAAAUUAA